CUGCAUGUGCUCAAAACCACAACACAAUUAAAGUGAAAUGAAAGUGUGAAAAUGAAUUACGAACAACACAACGAAGUAUCGACCUCAUACAACAACAACAACCUGAAGCACAACUUUAACGAGUGCAAAAAUGACUUCUUCUACCCGGAGUGUGAUAAGAAGGACGACAAAUACUUUCGCCCGAAAAUCGAGGAUGCCCAAAUGAAUUCGUGUUUGAGCACACCGUUCUCCGUCAAAGAUAUCCUGAACAUAAACCAGACGUCGUAUUAUGAACAGAAUGACGUUUGGAAACGGGAUAGGGAGCAGAGAGGGCAAGACUACGAAAGAUUAUACCAUCAGAGCAGUUAUUGUACCGAAUAUUUCAACCAAAUGUACCCAGCGCAUGCUAAUGUUGAGUAUUGGAACCCCGAAUACCAUGAAAACAAAGCGGACGAAUAUUAUAAUAAUUAUAAUUACUGUCAGAAUGUUUAUCCUAAUCAGGAACAGUAUCAAAUGCAUGUACAAAUGCCGCCUAAAUUAGAUAAUAUGGAUGUGAUACCACCUGUUAAUCCUGGAGCUAAACUUGAUAAAGAAGUGUCCAUUCCGGGCAUUGGUUUGCCACCGGCGUAUUUACAUAAUGUGGAACCAAAGUUCUCGGCUAUGUCUAGGAAAACGAAGACGCCAUGCCCGAAAGAAAAAACCAGAGACAAAUCAACAAAGAGAAAACCACGCAUUCUGUUCUCUCAAACUCAAGUACACGACUUGGAAGUGAGAUUCAAAGCCCAAAGAUACUUGACAGCACCCGAAAGGGAACAGCUAGCAAAGAAACUAAACCUAACUCCAACGCAAGUGAAGAUUUGGUUCCAAAACCGACGGUAUAAGAGCAAAAGAAUAAAAUCACCUGAAGUAACAACAUCUACAGACGCUAAACCAAGCAAAAGCUUCGGUAGAAAACUCUUUAAACCAGAAAAUAGAGACAAGGUCGGUAUGCAUAAUUACGAAGGUUUUAAGCCUGACAUGUCAAACGAACUAAAUCCAGGCAUAUACUUCGAUGAUAGUGUAAACUACGUAGAGAACGAAAAAUACUACGGUAAUCGUUUACAUAUAGACGAGACGGUUGGAAGUACUUCGAAUUUCUAUGUACCAGAUGCUAUACCUAAAGAAGAUAUUUAUAAAGAAACAGAAAUUAAAAAGUACUUCCCAAUCAACUAUGUUUGUUAAUUACGUGUUAAGACUGACUGAUAGCCAAAGAUAAUUAUUUUGUUACAUUUUUUGUUACGUAUUUGCAAGUGCAAUUGAUAUUUUGUAUUAGAUUAAGUAUAGGAAUGUGCCAUUUUGUAAAUAAAUAUGAAAGACUGA